AGAAAAUUUUCCGCAGUGGUCGUGUAAAAGAAGAUCCUUUGUGUUCUAAAAACGAUUCUCCCUGAAGCAAAGGAAAUCUUCCUUGAUAAUCACUAAAGGAAUAGCAAAAGUUAACCGUUAUGUGAAAGGACAAAAACACAAAGUAUGUCUGAGAGCCUCGAACCGACAGCGGGGCAACCCGAUGGAUCAGAAUCGCAGGCACCAAAGGUGGUUGCUGGGAUCAUCAUAAUUCUAGGACUGUUUAGUAACUCGUUAAUUGUAGCUGCAGUAAUAGGCUUCCGUCGCAUGAAGACGACAACCAAUUACCUUCUUGUCAACGUGGCCGCUGCAGACAUAACCACUCUGUUGUUCACAGCGAUGCACCUCAUUCCAAUCAAGGGUCCCUUCCCAAAUGGUGCUCUUGGCAGCUUCCUUUGUAAGUUUAUAAGAACUAACAAUAUCACUAUGGUAACGCUUCUUGUGUCCACUCUGACGCUGACGGUUUUGGCUGCUGACAGAUACCAAGCCAUGGUGAAACCCUUAAAAAUAUCUUGGAGAUUAAAAAUCGAAAAGAUCGGGUACGUCUUAGCAGUAAUCUGGCUGAUAGCCAUGGCUACUGUCUCGCCGCUUUUCGUGUCUGUGGACCAGCGCCCUAGCAUAAACAAUACUCUCUGCUCCCCCGGUGAUGAUCAUGCGGCGAUGAAAGUGUACAUUUAUUGCCUGGUGACCCUCCUUACCUUGAUCCCGUUCCUUGGCAUUGCUUUCUGUUAUUCGCGGAUUAUAUCCGGAUUGUAUUUUGGACAAACAAUUUGCAGUAGGGGUAGCGAAGCAAUGGCAGAAAAAAAGAGGCUUGUUAUAGUUCUCAUGGUGUUGACAGUCGUCUUUUUCAUUGCGUUUGUUCCUUAUGGAGUAGCGGUAGUAUUGCAGUUCAGCGGGAUGGCCACCAGAAAUGUUGAAGAACUUCGUAUCUUUAGUCGAUUUAGGAUUGUAGUGCAAUAUCUGACACUUUUAAACUGUUCUCUAAAUCCGUUCAUCUAUGCCAUUCCAAGUUCAAAUUAUAGAUACUGCUUUAAAUGUAUGUUGAAGAAAAUGUGUUGCCAAGACAUCACGGAAGAGGUUAAUGCCAUCCAGCUGGACACAAGACGGGGUGUGGCAGACGAACGCUAGCGCUUUGAUGAUCACGGAUCAUUUGAAAGGCGAUCAUGUUAUCAAAGUAUACCUCAUUUAUAUCGUUUACCUUAUCCGGUUCUUUUGACGCACGCAGAUGAGUGAACUUAUAGACCAACCAGUGGACAAGCCAAUAAAUUUAAGCUAUUACUCGUUAAAGCUAACGUUAAAUGCCAUUUAACUAAGCAACCAAAUGAUGUCUCAGUAAUGUAUUGUAAAAACGUAUUUUAGUGAAAGUAGCAUUGUAAAAUGAAUAAAGUACAAUGAAGCCUG